AUGUGGGAGUGGGUCAGAAGAGCUGUGCUGCACUCGCUGUCCACAGCCCUCCUGCGCCUCUGGAAGUGGGUGCGAGCUUUCUGGUACAAAAAUGGCCUCUUGACUCUUUCCAUGCUGUCGGUUGUCACAGGAUGUCUCCUGGGGUUCCUGCUGCGGGCGCUGGAGCUGACAGACCUGGCGAAGCAGUAUUUUUCCUUUCCUGGAGAGCUCCUCAUGAGGAUGCUGAAGAUGCUGAUCCUGCCCUUGAUCACCUCCAGCCUCAUGUCUGGGCUGGCCACCAUGGACUCCAAGGCCUGUGGGAAGAUGGGGGUGAUCACCAUCACCUACUACCUGUGGACAACCUUCAUGGCAGUGACUGUGGGGAUCAUCCUCGCGGUCAGCAUUCAUCCUGGUGCAGCUGCCCAGAAGGACAACAGCUCUGCGGGGAAAGUGGUGCUCAGCUCCGCCGAUGCGUUACUGGAUUUAAUCAGAAACAUGUUUCCUUCUAACCUGGUUGAAGCUUCGUUCCAGCAGUAUCGAACUGUUCUCGUCCCAGUGGUGAAGUCUCCCGGUUUUCCAAAGAUCCCAGGAAAACCUGUCAAUUUUAUUUACUUUGCACCUGAUGACAAAAACCCUGAAAUCCAUCAGCCUGUGUUCCUUGAGCUGACACCCUCACCUGAGAUGACCUACAGGACCCUGGCUGGGACCAGCAAUGAGAUGAAUGUCCUGGGGAUUGUCAUCUUCUCAGCAACCAUAGGACUUCUCCUGGGAAAAAUGGGCGAGCGAGGAGCUCCGCUGGUUAACGUGUGCCAGUGUCUGAAUGAAGCAGUUAUGAAAAUCGUCUCGAUGGCCGUUUGGUACUUCCCCUUUGGCAUUGUAUUUCUCAUAGCUGGGAAGAUCUUGGAGAUGGAAGAUCCCUCGGUUACAGGAGAGAAGCUGGGGCUGUAUGUCAUUACAGUAGUGUCAGGGCUUGCCGUCCAUGCAAUCAUCCUCUUACCUCUGCUUUUUGCGCUCAUCACCAAGAAAAACCCCUUUGCUUUCAUUCAGGGGACACUGCAAGCCUUGCUGAUCGCCUUAGCUACAUCCUCCAGCUCAGCCACCCUGCCCAUCACCCUCAAGUGUCUCCUGGAGAACAACGGCAUCGACAGACGCGUGGCGCGGUUCGUGCUCCCCGUCGGGGCCACCAUCAACAUGGACGGCACUGCGCUCUACGAGGCGGUCGCUACCAUCUUCAUUGCCCAGGUCAAUGAGUAUGAACUGGAUUUGGGACAAAUUAUAACUAUAAGCAUCACGGCGUCGGCAGCCAGCAUCGGCGCCGCCGGGAUCCCGCAGUCCGGGCUCGUCACCAUGGUCAUUGUGCUCACCUCCGUGGGGCUGCCCACCGAGGACAUCACCCUCAUCAUCGCCGUCGACUGGGCUCUGGACCGACUACGAACGAUGACCAACGUCCUUGGCGACGCCCUGGCUGCUGGCAUCAUAGCACACGUCUGCGAGAAGGACUUUGCCCCAAAGGCCCCCCCACAAGACCCGGCGAGCAACACAGGCAAAUCUCCUUCUGCAGAGACCUCACACCUGCAUCCCAAAGACAAUGGGAUUGAAAUGAUUGAAGAAACCCUGUUGCAUAAGACAGGAGUUCACUAUAACAUCUGCCAGGUGUAG